UGCUGGGCCCUAUGAAUUGAGAUUAGGUGACGCUCUGGCGUUGGCAUAUUGGUCUUCACUCUUCAUCGGAGAAAAUCUUUGGAAAAUACCAUCAAACCUUUCGUCAAAGCCGCCACUCUCUUGGAAUUUUCAGUGUCCUAGCGACACACGUUUCUUGGUGAAAGAAAAAUGUUGAGCUCUCAUUGCUUCGAGAACCCACCGGACCUGAGCUCGACCUGUGGAGCAGGACGUGUUGAAGAGCUUGCAGGCCUCAAAACUUACGUCACUGGCCCUUCCGAUGCCAAGCGUGCUCUUCUUUUCAUCGCUGAUGCUUUUGGGUAUGAGGCUCCUAAGCUGAGGAAACUCGCAGAUAAGGUUGCAUCCGCAGGAUUCUUGGUGCUUGUACCCGAUUUCUAUUACGGAGAUCCCGUUGUUGAUCCCAGUAAUCCUAAUUUUAGUAUAGAAGCUUGGUUGAAAACUCAUAGCCCGGAUAAAGGGUAUGAAGAUGCCAAGCCAGUGAUUGCCGCUCUUAAAAGUAAAGGCAUGUCUGCCAUUGGGGUUGCAGGAUUUUGUUGGGGAGGAAUGGUGCUAGUGAAAUUAGCAGGCACUGAAGACAUUCAAGCAGCAGUAAUUCUGCACCCUGGUUGUAUUACCGAAGAUGAAAUCAAAGCCGUCAAGAUUCCAACUGCUAUAUUGGGAGCCGAGAAUGACCACAUUUUCCCCGCAGAAGAACUGAUAAAGUUCAGGGAGAUCAUGUCGGCUAAAACCGAAUUCGAGAGUUACGUCAAAAUAUUCCCUGGUGUUAGGCAUGGAUGGAGUGUGAGGUACAAUGACGACGACGAGUCUGCCAUCAAGAGUGCCGAAGAGGCCCAAGAGGACCUGUUGAAUUGGUUCUUGAAGCAUGUCAAGUGAAAAGAAGGCAUUGAAGCAGAAUAUAGUGAGGGAAGCAGCAGAUGACUGCAUUGUGAGUUAUAAAUAAUUUCAGGACUAGUCAUCUGUUUUGGACUAGUCAUCUAUACUGUGCUGUUACGACUUUAAUAAAUAAGAUAUCGGUUUCGUAGCUCAAACUUUGCAGAUUGAGAAUGAAGUAUGUCAUGUCGAGUUGUAUCGUGCCAUUUUGGUUGAAUUCUCUGUUCAAAUUGAUUGGAGGUGUGCUCUUUCAUCUA